UAUGAGGCAGGAAAGAGACCUAACAGCUGUUACUUCAUGUCUCAUAGCAUUCAUGUAGAUACUUAAAGCUGAAAUGUCCUAGUUUAUAACUAAUGAAUUCACUGAAUAUAUACAUUGGUGUAAUCAAAUUGAUCUCUUUAUAGUCUUUAUAAGUAAUUGAAUAGAGCACAUGCAAUUUCCCAGUACAUUUGGUCACUGACUAUGCAGUAUGCUUUUAGAAUGGCUGAGAUGUGUAGUAGCAGUAGCACUCUGCAUCAAUAACUAUUUCAGGAAGCAGACUCCUUGAGCUAUAACGUCUCGUUGGGAACUUGAACUCUUUGGGACGAUAUUGGGUGGUGAACUAUUUAGUUUUCUCUUGCAUUUAGCUAAACAUCUUGUUAAAUCAUAACCAAACAACAUAAAUCCGUGCUUAUUGCUUAUGCUUCUUGUAAGACUCUAAUUUUCAAACUGCUAUUCUUGUUCUGUGGAUGGCUAGAAUAAAAACCUGAUGAAAUUAUAUGUAGGUUUAGUAAACUGAUGGGAUGCAGAUUGUGACCUCUAUGCAUAAUUCAUUGGUUUCUCUGUUUUUGGGUACUCAAAACUUUUAUUGUCUCGUACUUCUAUAUUAUAAAAGAGACUCUUAGUGUCUAUAACGACUGAGUUUGACCGCAAAAGACGAUAAGAAAUAAGACCCAUCCAGAACCCCAGUGCUUUACCCCCCUUAACUCAAAAGAUCAAGAUAUGACGAAUAAGGCAAGGUAUCAUUCUGCGAGCAAAAAGGCUUAUAGAAAAAAGCUAAAAAAGAACAAAAGGGAAAAGGCUAAAUUAGAGAAACUUCGAAUCAUAAGGUCUGUUGAGGAAAAGGAGGAGGAGGCUUAUGAAAUCAUUACAUCAGGUUGUAUCGCAGAAGAAGUUGAGAUUAGUAAACUCGAGCACGACUCUUCCUCAAACAGUACUUGCGCAUCUAUCUCCGAAGAAGAUCUCGAAGAACUGAUGACUUCCAUCAAGAAAGAUCCAUAUUUGAAACCUAUUCUGGAAGAUAUUGAGAUUGGUGGUCCAACUGUGAUGAUGAGGUACUUAAAUGAUCCCGAGGUUUUUCAGAAGUUGGCGCAGGCAAUGGGUUUUGGAGUUUUAGGAGACAAUGUUAGUUCAGUUGAAGAUACUGCAUCGAAUGCUGAUGCAGAAAGAUUACACGGCUAAAUAGGUUGAGGCAAUUCUUACCAAUUGUAAUUAGUUUUUGAGCUAUUUCAUAUUUCCUUGUAUAUUGUAGGUUAUUUAAAAUGCAUAUAUGUCUUACUCACAGCACCAUGUCUGCUUGGUGCAAGAGCAGAUUGGAAUAUUAUUUCCUGAAACCAUGUUGUUGUAGUAUUA